AGACUUUUUAAGUGGUGUAGAGGGCUUGAGGCCCUGGAGCCGCAGUCCCUCCACAAUGUGGCUCUUUGCUCUGGUCCUGACCUCCCUCGCCACUUCCAUGACUUGGGGAGGGCACCCGUCCUCGCCACCUGUGGUGGACACCGUGAAAGGCAAAGUCCUGGGCAAGUACGUCAGCUUAGAAGGAUCUGCACAGCCUGUGGCCGUCUUUCUGGGAGUCCCUUUUGCCAGGCCUCCUCUUGGACCCCUGAGGUUUGCUCCUCCACAGCCUACAGAGCCAUGGAACUUCGUGAAGAAUACCACCUCCUACCCUCCCAUGAGGAUUUGUUAUGUAGCCAUGAUUGAUGAAACCAGUGGCAUUGGCCACCAUUCAACCCCCAGCCCUACCCUGCUCCCCAGAGUCGACGUUCUGCCCUCUGGGGUCACGUGCACUUGGCCCCCUUUGUUCGGGAGCUUGAAUUCUGUGGCCACUGCCCGUGGCCAUGCAGGUCUGGGGUGCUGGCUUCCUGCUCAGGCCGGCGGAGAGGGGGCCGUGCGUGUGGGUUCUAGAAGGGAAGCCUGGACACCACGACGCCCUCCUCCCCAGAAUCACCCCUUCCUGCCCACGGUGGUUGAUGGUGUUCUGCUGCCAAAGAUGCCUGAAGAGAUUCUGGCUGAAAAGAAAUUCAACUCUGUUCCCUACAUCAUCGGAAUCAACAAGCAAGAGUUUGGCUGGCUUCUUCCAAUGAUGAUGGGUUACCCACUCUCUGAGGGCAAGCUGGACCAGAAGACGGCCGCAUCACUCUUGUGGAAGUCCUACCCCAUUGCUGGAAUCCCUGAGGAUCUGACUUCGCUGGCCACUGAGAAGUUUUUAGGAGGGACAGAUGACCCUGUCAAAAACAAGGACCUGUUCUUGGACAUGUUAGGAGAUUUGGUAUUUGGUGUCCCAUCUGUGACUGUGGCCCGUCACCACAGAGAUGCCGGAGCCCCCACCUACAUGUAUGAGUUCCAGUAUCGUCCAAGCUUCUCGUCAGACCUGAAACCCAAGAUGGUGGUAGGGGACCACGGGGAUGAGCUCUUCUCCGUCUUCGGGGCCCCACUUUUGAAAGGAGGUGCCUCAGAAGAGGAGGUCAGACUCAGCAAGAUGGUGAUGAAACUAUGGGCCAACUUCGCCCGGAAUGGGAACCCCAAUGGGGACGGGCUACCCUCUUGGCCCCCAUACGACCAGAAGGAAGGGUACCUGCAGAUUGGAGUCACCACUCAGCCAGCCCAGAAGCUAAAAGACAAGGAAGUGGUUUUCUGGACUGAGCUUCUGGCCAAGGGGGCAGCGGAAAAACCACCUCACACAAAACACGUCGAGCUGUGAAUGGGAGGGGCCUGGUUGGCCUUGGGGCCUGGGGAGCCCAGACAGAGGUGUUCUACAGAAGAUGUUUAUGAGCCAAAGAGGAUCUUAUUGUGAAGGCUGGGGAUUGUCUGGUGGAGGAAGGCAGAGGUCAGGGAGCGGGAAUUGUGGCUUCAAUUUGGGGAAUAAAUUCUUUUGGAGACCAA